AUGGUUUUUUCCUUCACUUCUCUUGGUGGAAGAGUAGAGAGGUCUCUGAAAAAAGGUAGAGGCCCUGAUAUGUUUCAGCUUCAAGGAGAAAAUUAUCAUUUAUUGGGUGCUGGUAUCACACCACCUGAGGGAGGUACACCAAAGUUUGGACAGCUAUAUAUAGUUGAUACGGAGAAUGAAGUUGAAAACAGAGCAAAAUGUUUAAGCCUGGGUAAACAGAAAAUUCAAGUCAAGAAAAAGGAUCAUCUCAGAAAAGAUAUUAUAGAGACUUUGAUGAAGAUGUUGAAUGAAGUCAAUCCAUAUGUUAAAAAGUUUAGAUCAGCAAGGGACCGCUUCAACACAGAUCCUGAGAACUCUUUUCAUAUGAGGAUUGUUAGUGAGAGGUUAAAGGAUGGAAGGACAUAUAACACACCCACAGCUUCAGAGGUUGCUGCGCUGAUUCCUGGAGAUUUUAGUCUUGAUAUGGACAGAAGGGAUAUUGUUCUACAAAAAAGUUCAGGAAAACUACUGAGAAUAAACGAGAUUCAUGCUUCCUAUCUUGCACUUCAGUAUCCUCUUUUGUUUACAUUUGGUGAAGAUAAAUUCAGACUUGGUAUUAAGAAAGGAGCAACAGAAAAGACGAAAAAACAAAAGAAGCCUAAUAUCAGUAUGAGGCAAUGGUUUGCUUUUCGCCUUCACGAGCGUAAGAACGAAUCUCAUUCUCUCCUACAUUCUAGAAGGCUAUUUCAGCAGUUUGUGGUGGAUGCCUUCACCACGAUUGAGUCUAAUCAUAGCUAUGAUUCUAUUAAAGAGUCUGAGAACGCAGGAAAAGAGGAUAUGAAUCAGCAAGGAACUGAGUUUACAUUACCAGCUUCAUUCGUAGGGAGUCCUAGAUAUAUGAAGAAUUGUUACUUGGAUGCUAUGGCAAUAUGUAAGCAUUUUGGAUUCCCUGAUUUUUUCAUCACUUUCACAUGUAAUCCCAAAUGGCCAGAGAUCACAAGAUAUGUUAAGGCAAGGAAACUAAAGGCUGAAGACAGAUCAGACAUUAUCUGUAGGAUUUUCAAGAUCAAACUUGAUUCUUUGAUGGAUACUCUAACCAAAAAAAAUAUAUUGGGAGAGACACAGUCAUCUAUGUACACUGUUGAGUUCCAGAAACGGGGUUUACCACAUGCUCACAUUCUCUUAUUCAUGAAGAAGUUAAAGAAGCCUACAACAGCCGAUAUUGACGACAUUAUUUCUGCAGAGAUUCCUAACAAGAAGGAAGAACCAGAACUGUAUGAGGUCGUUAAAGAUAUGAUGAUUCAUGGUCCAUGUGGAAGAGCUAAUACUAAUUCUCCAUGUAUGGAAAAUGGUCGUUGCUCUAAGUCAUAUCCUAAAUUAUUUUCUGAGAAGACCACUAUUAACAAAGAAGGUUUUCCGGUUUACAAGAGGCGUGAGCAGUCACAUAACUUUGUUAUGAAGAGUGGAGUGAGGUGUGACAAUCGGCAUGUCAUUCCUUACAACCGGAAGUUAUCUCUUCUAUACAGAGCUCAUAUCAACGUCGAGUGGUGCAACCAAGUUGGGUCUAUAAAGUAUUUAUUCAAAUACAUUAAUAAAGGACAGGACCGUGUCACAGUUGCUGUUGAACCACCAGACCACAUUGUUGCAAGUGAGUUAGGAGAUGUUGAGAUUACUAAAGAGAAUCUUGAUAAGAAAAGAAAUGAACUCAAGGAAUUCUUCGAUUGCAGAUACGUGUCAACAUGUGAAGGAACAUGGAGAGUAUUCAAAUUUCCUAUUCACUAUCGAUCAACUGCUGUUGAAAAGCUUAGUUUCCAUCUCCCCGGAAAGCAAGUUAUUACAUUCAGAAGGAAAGACAAAUUGAAAGCAGUUGUCACCCGAAAGCUCAUUGAAAAUACAAUGUUCUUAGCUUGGUUUGAGUUGAACAAGACUGACUCCUUCGCAAGAACAUUGACCUAUGCUCAGAUCCCAAGCUUCUAUACUUACAAUAAAAGGUUAAAGAAGUUCAACAGGAGGAAACGGGGAUUUGCUUUGGGGAGGAUUAACUAUGCUCCUAGGACCCAAGAAGAUGCUUAUUACUUGCGUGUAUUGUUGAAUGUUGUCAGGGGACCCACGAGUUAUGAGGAGAUUAAAACAUACCAAGAUGUUCUCUAUCCGAGCUACAAAGAAGCAUGUAAUGCUCGUGGGUUAUUAGAUGAUGAUCAGGAGUACAUUGAUGACAUAGUAAGAAGAAGUUUUGAGAGCACAGCAAGUGAGCUACGGAAAGUGUUUGUUAUGAUGCUUAUGAGUAACACUUUAUCUAAGCCUGAGUCAGUAUGGGAAAACACUUGGAUGUUUUUAUCUGAAGAUAUUGAGCACUCUAGGAGAAGGAAUUUUAAUAGACCAGGUCUGAUGCUGAGUGAUGACGACAAAAAGAAGUAUGCUUUACUUGAGAUUGAAAAAAUCUUGAAACGAUCUGGAACUUCACUCGCAAAAUUUGAUUCUAUGCCUAAACCGCCAAAGAUAAGUGUCCACGAUGAAAAUGUCUUGGUGCUAGACGAACGCAGCUAUGAGCGUUCUGAUUUGUUAGAGACUCUUCGAAGAGAUCUGCUGAAGAUGACUUGCGAGCAAAGAAAGAUAUAUGAGGAGAUUCUUUCUGCUGUUAAUAAAGGAGAUGGUGGAAUGUUUUUUGUUAGUGGUUUUGGUGGAACAGGGAAAACUUUCCUAUGGAAAUUGCUUUCUGCAGCUAUCAGAUCCAGAGGAGAUAUUGUUCUAAACGUGGCUUCGAGCGGCAUUGCAUCACUGUUGUUGCCUGGUGGUCGGACAGCACAUUCCAGAUUCGGGAUUCCUCUAAAUCCAAACGAGUUUUCUUCAUGUACUAUGAAGCAUGGAAGUGACCAAGCUAAUUUAGUGAAAGCCUCAUCACUUAUCAUCUGGGAUGAAGCGCCUAUGAUGAGCAAGCAUUGUUUUGAGGCUUUGGAUAAAAGUUUAUCUGAUAUUGUUGGGAAACACGACACACAACCAUUUGGUGGAAAGGUUAUCGUGUUUGGUGGUGAUUUUAGGCAAGUUUUGCCUGUUAUAAAUGGUGCUGGUAGAGCUGAAAUAGUUAUGGCCUCACUUAACUCAUCCUAUCUUUGGACGCACUGCAAAGUUCUUAAGCUCUCCAAGAAUAUGAGAUUGCUAUCAGCAGGAUUGUCACCAGCAGAGGCAAAGGAUCUUCAAGAAUUUUCUGAGUGGAUAUUAAAAGUUGGUGAUGGUAAACUUUCAGAGCCUAAUGAUGGUGAGACAGAGAUAGAAAUUCCCUCUGAAUUUUUGAUUACAGAUUGUAAUGAUCCUAUAGAAGCAAUCAGCGAAGAGAUUUAUGGCACAGCAACUUCAUUGCAUGAAAAGAAAGAUGCAAUUUUUUUUCAAGAGAGAGCUAUCCUCUGUCCAACUAACGAGGAUGUUAAUACAGUUAAUGAAUAUAUGUUGGACAAGCUAGAAGGUGAGGAAAAAAUUUAUAACAGUGCUGAUAGCAUUGAUCCCUCUGAUACAGGUGCUGUGAACAAUGAAGCUCUUAGUGCGGAUUUUCUAAACACAAUUAAGGUUCCUGGUUUACCAAACCAUAGUCUUAGACUGAAGGUUGGUUGUCCUGUUAUGGUUCUGAGAAACAUUGCACCUACUGAUGGCUUAAUGAAUGGGACAAGACUGCAGAUCACUCAGCUAAUGGAUUUUAUGGUUCAAGCUAGGAUUAUAACAGGAGAGAGGAUUGGGGAGAUAGUUGAUAUUCCUAGAUUGCUAAUAACCUCUUCUGACACCAGAUUGCCUUUUAAAAUGAGGAGAAGGCAACUGCCUCUUGCUGUGGCUUUUGCAAUCACAAUCAACAAAAGUCAAGGGCAAUCGCUAUCUAAAGUAGGUCUUUAUCUACCAAGACCUGUCUUUUCACAUGGUCAGUUAUAUGUUGCUGUUUCUAGAGUGACUUCCAAAAAGGGAUUGAAAAUUCUGAUUUUAGACGAAGAUGGCAAACCACAGAAACAAACUAAGAAUGUAGUUUUCAAAGAAGUUUUCGACAACCUUUAA